AUGAAAUUUUUUAGCAUUUUAGCGAUUUUUAAUGUUUUUUACUUAUCUAUUGCCUCAAGUUUAAAAAAUGUGCUUUUACAAAAUGAUUCCUAUGUAAAUUUUAACUAUGAUUUUUGUAAGGGAAUGAAUAUUCAUUUUCUUAUCAGUGCAGAACAAAUGCAAAAUAAAAUUUUUUUAGAUAAAUUAUUGCUUUUGAUUAUUGGAACAGCACAUUAUAUGAGACCAAAUCGAAAAAAUUUUUUUGGUGUAUCUGUUUAUGAAGAAAAUAUAGUUUAUGAAAAUAUUGAAAAACUUGAUAAACUGCAUACGCCAACAUUUAUUGAAACAAUUAAAUCAGUAUUAAAAAAUUAUGUUACUUCUGAAGCCAAAAAAACAAAUUUAUAUUCAGCAAUAAAAGAUUACUAUGAAAGAAAUAUAUUAAGUAAUCCAGCUUUAAAACAAGCGAAAAAUGUUAUUAUUAUUAGCAAGAAGAUAACUCCAAAUGAUUUAUCUGAUUAUUCAGACGAGUUAAUAAAUUAUAUUAGAGAAAUCAGAAGUAAAGAUCUUGGUAUUUUUUUUUUUACAUCAGAUAAUCCAUUUAGUAGAAACACAAUUCAUACCCUUUCAGAUUCCCGAUAUGACCAUGAAGUAGAUUAUCCUAUCGCAUAUUUUAUUGAUGAACAAUACGAUUAUAAAAGUGUUUCUGGAAUAAAAAAGUUCUGUUAUCAUUUAAAACAUGGAGCAGUUUGCUCAAGAUAUAAUGAUUGGUCAGAAUGGAGUGGACCAUGUGAAUUUAGAAAAAGAGAACGUUUUAUCCCUCUUAAAAUGACUAUAAGCAAAUCUACUAGUUUUCGUUUGUAUUAUGAACCUACCUGUAGGAGAGUUUUUGAUUUUACAACAGCAAUAAAGGAAGAUUAUCGUGUAGAAUGUAAUAAUCCCAUAUAUGAAUGCAGAGGUAUUUGCGAUAAAGGUUAUAAAUUUAAACCUUAUGUUCAAUAUGGAGAAAUAGUAGAAAACUACGUAGAAUGUCACGAUUUACCACCAUGUACACCUGAACAAAAAGAAAAAGGAGAUAACUUAUUAUUUACGGAAAUAUUAAGCAACCUUUUAGAAGAUACAAGGUUAAGAGAAGCAAACGAAGGACUGUUACGUAGACAAAUUGAGCAAGAUAUGGAAGGAGAAACUGAAGAAGGAUCUAAUGCACGCAGAAUUGCAGAAAUAAGAAAACAAGUAGAUCGUAAAAUACGGUUAAUGAUAGAAAGACAGAAAGAGCUUUUAAGAAAGCAUAAAAAACUAAUAAAUAAAAGAAAUAAAAAAAGUGGAGAAAAUGAUGAUGAAGAUGAAGAUGAAGACGAAAAUAAAAAUGAAGAAAGAUAUUCAGAAGGUACUGAAGAAAAAGACAUAGAUAAAAUAAAGGAAUCAGAAAGUUAUAAUUUAAAUAAUGAGCGAGUUGAUCAAAUCCCCAAUUCUAAUUUAAUAUCAACAAGAGAAAAUUCCAACAAAACUCCCCUAAUUAAUACAAAUAAUGACCAUGCAAAACAAAUUAACGAGCAUACAGUACCUGGCAAUGUAGAUGAUCAAGUAAAUAUACACAAUAAGGAUACUUUUAAUAUGAAUUCUAGAGUUAAUCAAAAUGAAACUUCUGAUUAUCAAAAUUCACUUAAGAUUGGAAGUCAAGUAAAUGAUCACAUUAGUUCAGAGCCACAUCAUAAUAUAAAUAAACUAAAAAAUGAAGCACAUGAAAAAAAAAUAAGUGAAAAAGAAAAUGAAAAUUCACACUAUAAUAAAUCUCAAGAAUAUCAAAUAAGUGCUGAAAAUAAAAUAAAGGAUCAGGGAGAGGAUUCUAGAAUAAAUGAAGAAGAUGAACAGCUAGAAAAAGAAAUAAAUAAAGAAAGGGAUAUAGAAAAUGGAAGAAAAAACGAUGAUCUUAGAAUAAUUCAAGAAAAUGAAGGAAAAAGUGGAAACUUAAUUAAACAAGAUCAAAUUGAAAUUAAAAUGCCAAUCAAAGAAAGUAAAAAAAAUUAUCUAAGAAGGGGUAAAGAAAAUAUUGAUGAUAAAAGGAUAAAAGAAGAUCAAAUAGAAGGUGAAAAAGUAGAGCAGAAAUUACCAUUUGAAAAUAUGGAAAUAAGUCAGUUAUCAGAUAAAGGAAUAGACAAAAAUACAUUGUACAGAAAAGAAGGAAAUGGAUAUCGAUUAGUGGGAAAAUGGAUAGAUGGACAUUACAUACCAGGAGAAUGGGUAAGCGGAUAUCAACCACCAAAUGGGAUGGGCAGAGAAGAUUAUAAAGAAGAAUAUGAUAAAAAAAAUAUAAAUGUAAAACCUCCAUUAUUAUAUCAUGCCAUUAAUAAUGAUCUAGAUCAAGUAGAACAUAUAAUCCAAUAUAAAAUUCCAAGUAAGGAUAUAACAAAUGAACAUCAAAUCAGCAACGAUAAUAAAAACGAAAAAUAUCCAGAAUACAGUAAAACAAUAAAAGGUCAUUACUUACCUAGUGAACAUAUAAGCGUCGAUUUGCCAGAAGAAAAGAUAAAUGGAAAUCAAUUAAAUAAAGAAGAAAGUAUAAAAUCUAUAAUAGGAAAAGCAGUUUCUGGUGAUCAAACUAAAAAUCAUAUAUUGACUAAUGAACAUCAAGCAACUAGCAGUAAUAUGAGUGGAAAAAAUCUAUCUAGUGAAACAAUAAGAGAAAAUAACAUACCAGAACAAAAUAUAGAAGAUGUUAUAGAAAGAGAAAUAACUAGUGAUGAUCAAGCUAAGAAUCAAAAAUUCAAUAAUGAGCAUCAAGCAACUAGUAGUAAUAUAAAUGGAGAAGAUAAAUCAAGUGAAGCAAUAAGAGAACAUAGUAUACCAGAACAAAAUAUAGAAGAUGAUAUAGAAAGAGAAAUAACUAGUGAUGAUCAAACUAAUAAUCAAAAAUUGACUAAUGAACAUCAAGCAACUAGUAGUAAUAUGAAUGGAGAAAAUCAAUCUAGUGAAACAAUAAGAGAACAUAUUAUACCAGAACAAAAUAUAGAAGAUGAUAUAGAAAGAGAAAUAACUAGUGACAAUCAAACUAAUAAUCAAAAAUUGACUAAUGAAUAUCAAGCAACUAGUAGUAAUAUGAAUGGAGAAAAUCAAUCUAGUGAAGUAAUAAGAGAACAUAUUAUACCGGAACAAAAUAUAGAAGAUGAUAUAGAAAGAGAAAUAAUUAGUGAUGAUCAAACUAAAAGUCAAAUAUUGACUAAUGAACAUCAAGCAACUAGUAGUAAUAUAAGUGGAGAAAUUCAAUCUAGUGAAACUAUAAAAGAACAUAAUUCAUCACAUGAAAAUAUAGAUGAUGAUAUAGAAGGAGAAAUAACUAGUGAUGAUAAAACUAAGAGUCAAAUAAUGACUAAUGAACAUCAAACAACUAGUAGUAAUAUGGGUGGAGAAAAUCAAUCUACUGAAAUAAUAAGAGAACAUAUUAUACCAGAACAAAAUAUAGAAGACGAUAUAGAAAGAGAAAUAACUAGUGACAAUCAAAAAACAAACAAUCAAAUAUUGACUAAUGAACAAUCUGAAGUGGAAAAUGAAGCAGAAAGAAAAGUAAAAUUAUAUGAUAAGCCACGUAAUAAUGAUGGAGAACAUAUUGUUGAGCCAUCGGGAAAAAUUAAAGAAAAUUCAGAUUCCAUAUUUACAAAAGAUAUAGAAGAUACAUCAGAAGGAGAUUCUAAUAAACUUAAAUUAGAAAAAGAACAUGCAGGAAAAAAAAAUAUAAAUAACUUAAUUGAUAACGUCAUAAAAGAUUAUAAUGGUUCAAACAAUGAUAAGGGAAUUAAUGAUAAUAUAAAUGAAAAACUAGAAACACUUAGUAAUUAUGUAGAGCAUACAAAAGUAGAACCAAAUGCUAAAAAUAAAUUCCGAUAUAAAUACUACACAAGUACAAAGAGCAUUCAUAAAUUACUUUUUAAAAAAUCAGACGAUGGGAAAUUAGAACCUAACAAAUUUAUUGUUGUUGGUCAAAAUAACUUUAUCAUAGAUUCAAGUGAUGUUAAAAAUCCUUUACCAAAAAAGAUGUCUGGUGAAGUUCAUAAAAUUUUAGAAGAACAACUUCAAAAGGAUAUAGAACAAACGCUAAAGGGAUAUGAAAAAAAAAGUGAAAAUGAAAAAGAAAAAGUUAGAUUCAAUUACUAUAAAGCAGUAAAAUAUGCAGGUAUGUCUGCAUUAGCUGGAACUAUAAUAGCUUUAGGAGCUAUGUAUUAUUUCAAAAAAUAUCAUAGUAGUUAUAUUGAAGAAGAUGAGCAUUUAAAUAAUUUAGAAUUUCAAGGUAAUUCAGAAAUCUUAUUAAGUGAUGAGAAAGGGAAAGAUGUUAUAGGCGGAGAAAUUGGAUAUAAUGAUGAAAGCUGGUCAUAA